AUGACCGAUACCCCCGUACUUCAACGGUCGGCGAUGGCCUCGUUGCAAUCUGAUAUUCAUUCGAUGCAAAAUAAUAUGAAGACUGACGAUUUUCACGCACUCGCCAACUCCUACAACGCCACCCUGAGGAGCUGGGAAAAGGCCGCUGCGAUGAGCUCAGCGAUGAGUGGUGAAGAAGUUGUUGAUGUUCAAAAGAUG